GUACAUCCCAAGGAACGAUGCUUCUGCAACAACGACAUGCAUCUCGCCCGGCAAGGACGGGACUGAACCAACGGCGACGCCCAGCGCCCUUUCAAGGCAGCAAGCUUUCACCCAACACCCCCUGCUCAGCCUCUGCUGAGGUUACUGAAACAGCUACAGCGGGCCCCUUUCCCGCAGAAGCCUCCACCACCUCCACCGUCACCGCCUCCAGCAGUGCUUACACCACCAUAUCGACCCCCGCACCCCCCGGCGGCCACCAUGGAGGGCGACCCAAUGUAGUUGCACUGCUUCGCUCCAGGGGGCUGGUCCAGGAAGUGACGGGGGGGGAGGAGCUGGAGGCGGCUGCGGGGGGGGCGGAGGGGCCGCUGUCCGUUUACUGCGGAUUCGAUCCCACUGCGGACUCCCUUCACCUCGGAAACCUCCUAGGUAUUGUCGUACUGUCGUGGUUUCAGAGGUGUGGUCACCAGCCGGUGGCGCUCCUGGGGGGGGCCACGGGCCGAGUGGGCGACCCUUCGGGCCGCAGUACGGAACGCCCCGUACUGUCCGAGGAGCAAAUUGAACACAAUGUGGCAGCCAUCCGCUCCCUGCUUCAGGACAUCCUGACACGUAACUCCCCUCCGGGAGCCCCUGCCGUACGGGUGCUCAACAACCUGGACUGGUUCGGGCCGAUGAGCUUCCUGACCUUCCUGCGGGAGAUCGGCAAGUUCGCCCGGGUUGGUGCCAUGAUGGCCAAGGACUCGGUUCGUACACGCAUGGAAAGUGAGCAGGGCAUCAGCUUCACGGAGUUCACGUAUCAGUUGCUGCAGGGGUACGACUUCGUACACCUGUGCCGGGAACACAACGUACGGGUACAGAUCGGCGGCAGUGACCAGUGGGGCAACAUCACGGCGGGUACGGAUCUUGUACGGAAGCUCCUGGGGGGGGAGGACCGGGAGGCCCCGGCCUGCUACGGCCUCACGUUCCCCCUGCUGGUGGACAGCGAGGGCCGCAAGUUCGGUAAAUCGGUUGGCGGCGCCAUUUGGUUGUCGGCGGAGAAACUGUCGCCGUACAAGUUCUACCAGUACCUCUUCCAGGUAACCGACGCUGACGUCAUCAAGCUGCUGAAGAUGCUUACCUUCCUGCCUCUCGAGGAGAUCGACGGCCUCCAGGCGGCCAUGGGCGCCCCCGGCUACGUCCCCAACACGGCUCAGCGGCGGCUGGCGGAGGAGGUGACCCGGUUCGUACACGGGGAGGAGGGGCUGGCGCAGGCGAUCAAGGCAACGGAGGCCCUCAAACCCGGUGCAGCCACCCAGCUAGACGCGGCCACUCUGGAGACGGUGGCAGGUGAUGCCCCCAGCGCCACACUGACCCGUGGUUCGGUGGAGGGCGUCCCUCUGGCCGACAUCCUGGUGGCAGUGAAGCUGCAGCCCAGCAAGAGCGCCGCGAGGAAGCUGAUCAAGGGCGGUGGUGUGUACCUGAACAACGCCAAGGUGAGUGAGGAGCUCUACACCGUCAAGCCCUCCGACCUCAUUGACGGCAGACUGCUGCUGAUAGCCGCCGGCAAGAAGAACAAGAUGCUGGUGCGGGUGGCCAGCGAGUGA